AUGGCGCCGUCUCAAAAAGUUGUCAUCAGAACAAUGAUCAACCGAGUCAAAGAUGGAGAGGAUAUUCCCAAAUCCCUUCAAUACCUUGCCACCCACACGAUUCCAAUCGAUAUUUCCACUCAAAUGGACCUUGAAAAAACGUUGGCUCCUCUCUCCGGCUCACCACAUCUCACCGGAUAUAUUCAUGAAAUUCUGAAGAAAUUGGAUGGUCAAAAAUCGAAAAACCAAAAGAUCGAAGAUCAAAAAUCCGUUUUCAAAAAACGAAAUUCCAUUAAGAAAGUCUCGAAAAUUGUAUUCGGAAGCAAACGUCGAUCGAGUGGUGUCACCAAGAAGAUUCUAGAGAAUUCUGAAAAUAAUUCUGAAAACGUCGUCUCUCAAAACUCAGAAAACGCCAAAGAGAAUUCGAGAAUGUUCCAGAAGAAGGAGCUGAAAGUCAAGAAAUCAAAGAUGUGGAAGAAAAUUCAAAAAACUCAAAAUUGA